AUGGCCUGUGGUAGAGGGGCUUCCCAAGCAAGGCAGAUGACCGCCUGGAUAAAGCUUCCCACCGCACUGACAUGCCGGCAGCACACCGAGGAUGCUUACCAGGUCUCGAUUGAGCCUGUAAUGGCAGGGCACGAGCUUGUAGUGACAGUGGCAAAAUUCCAAGGAGGUAGUGCAUUCGUAUUCAAUGUAAUUCCCAAUUCAGUUACAAUUAGUGGAACAUUUAGGGCAUUUUUGAAAGAAAGUUUUAGGGCAUUUUUGAAAGAAAGUUUGGUGCAACUUAAACAACGAAUUGAGGAGGUCAUCACGAGACAAACGGCCGUGCAGAGGUGCAACAUAACUGUCAACUUCGAUGACAAGCCCCUUUACCCCUCAACCGUAAACAACAAAGAGUUGCAUCGGUACUUUGGAAAUGUUGCAAGGGAUAUGCUGGGCGAGAAAAACGGUCAGCUUGAACCGAGGCACUCUCUGUACUUCACUGUAAAUGAAGAUGUACUUCUAUAUGGUGUUGCAUUUCAUGCAUUGUUGGCUACAAGAUACCGCCUUGAAUAUCAACAACCCAAAUCUACAUCAUCUAAGGGAAGUUCUCAUGAUGAAUUGUAA